GUCUUGAGUUGCUUCUUCUUCUCCUCCCUCCUUCCCAUCUGGAGGCCCCGCCAGGCAGAGUCUCAGCAGGUGGUCCUCCAAGGGUCCUGGCCUCCUUCUGCCCCGGCUCCCUGGGUGACCUGCCUCCCUGCUUGUCUUCCAGGCCCCGCUUCCCUCCGGGCAUAUCCUCUCCUCUCCGUGAUCACCCGACAGCCCACAGUCAUCUCUCACCUGGUCCCCGCCACCCCGGGAAUCGCCCAGACGCUGUCCCGCCCCGUGACCCCAUUUAAGCGACUAUGCAGGGAAGUGAGAAUUUGUAACGGUGGCAGGUUGGACUUGGCCCAGUCUCUGGGACUCACUCAACUGCAGGUGAAGACCUGGUAUCAGAAUCGCAGGAUGAAAUGGAAGAAAAUGGUUCUUAAAGGUGGCCAGGAAGCGCCCACCAAGCCCAAAGGCCGCCCCAAGAAGAACUCCAUCCCCACCUCCGAAGAGAUCGAAGCUGAAGAGAAGAUGAACAGCCAGGCCCAGCGCCAGGAGUGCCCCACGCCCUCGCAGGGACGGGAGGAGCCCUGUGACACCCAGGAACCUCAAGCCUGCCCCGUCCCCUUGGAGGUGGCUGAGCCGCCAGGCCAGCCGCAGGAGUUGCCAGUAGCCUCUUCGGAACCGCCGCCACCGUCAAGCUAAAAUCAAACUCUUUGAGGGGCAGGGGACACUGGGAAGAAGGGAAAGAGAGAAGGCAGGAGAAUAGGAGAACAAAACUCCCCAAAGCCUGGUAAAGGGAGGGCGAAGAGAGCCAUCUGCUUCCCUCCCUCCCUCUCUCCCUCCCUCCCUCCCACAGGUCUCCUUGGCAUUUGGCAUUUUCAUCACAAGCAUUUGAGAAGACUCAACGUGCCUUAGGCCUCUCUCUUCCUGAAAGGAUGCUUUAGCCACAGGAUGCCCUGCAUAAAGGGAGAUGGUGCCUUGGAACUGCCUGCCCCCGCUGAGGGCUGUGGUGCUGGGCGAGCACCCCACCUGGCACGGUGGGGGGAGGGGGGGUGCGGCUCAGCUCUCUCCCUGCCGGGCCUCUGGGCAGCCAGUCAGCAAAGCAGAAAGAUACGGCGGGCUGGGGCAGCUUGCUCAGGUUCCUUGCUGACUCAGCACUUAUUUCUGUAGUUUUUAAAAGAGAAUUUCAGGUUUUUUGGUUGUUGUGGAGGGUGGGGUGGUUGAGGAGGGCGGGCUGGAAAGAGUCGGGGGGAAGGGAGUUCUGCGUUAUUCCCACUGUUUCUGAAUAAAGUUUGUUUGUUUGAAGACACGUGUGCCUUGGAACCCCUGAUGCGAGUGUCAGGUGACUUGAGAACUGAGCAGCCUGGUUUUUUCUCGCUCCGUUAAGUUGCCAUCCCUGGAAGCUGCAAUGCGGACAUGUUGAGAUAACUUUUAUUUUUUAAUGAAAAAUAAAUCUUUCAAAAGGGC